CAACUAGUGAAUCGUCAGGGAUCAAAGAAGAAGAAGAAGGAAGAAGAAGAAGAAGAAGAAGAAGAAGUAGAGCUCAGUGUGGAACAAAUCUUUGAGAACAAGAAGGUGCCUUCAUGGAGAGAACAGCUGACCUUGAGAGCUUUCGUGGUGGCAUUUUUUCUUUCAGUCCUCUUCAGCUUCAUUGUCAUGAAACUCAACCUCACCUCAGGUAUCAUACCUUCCCUCAAUGUCUCUGCUGGGCUUUUGGGGUUCUUCUUUGUGAAGACAUGGACAAAGUUCCUGGAGAAGACUGGUUGGCUCAAAGUACCCUUCACAAGGCAAGAGAACACUGUCAUCCAGACCUGUGUCGUUGCAAGCGCUGGGAUAGCUUUCAGUGGAGGUUUUGGGAGUUACCUCUUUGGAAUGAGUAGUGUUGUAGCGAACCAAGAAACAAAUUUUACAGAUGCUCUAAAUGUCAAGAAUCCACAACCUGCAUGGAUGAUUGGGUUUCUCUUUGUUGUUAGUUUCAUUGGGCUCUUCUCUGUGGUGCCUCUUCGGAAGAUCAUGAUCAUUGACUUUAGACUAACCUACCCAAGUGGCACUGCAACUGCACACCUUAUAAACAGCUUCCACACUCCUGAAGGAGCCAAAGUUGCCAAGAAACAAGUCAAGACAUUGGGCAAGUUCUUCUCUUUCAGCUUCUUGUGGGGUUUCUUUCAAUGGUUUUUCACUGCAGGGAAUAAUUGUGGAUUUACAGCCUUCCCUACAUUUGGUCUCCAAGCCUUUAACAAGUCGUUUUACUUCGAUUUUUCGGCGACUUUUGUUGGGGUUGGAAUGAUAUGUCCACACAUCAUAAAUGUAUCUGUGUUAGUUGGAUCAAUUCUUUCAUGGGGUAUUAUGUGGCCUCUUAUAGGUAAUAAAGCAGGUGUUUGGUAUUCUGCAAGCCUUCCAUCUAGCAGUCUCAGUGGCCUACAAGGUUACAAGGUUUUCAUUUCAAUUGCCAUGAUCCUAGGAGAUGGUUUAUACAACUUUGUGAAGGUUUUGAGCCGAACAAUCAUCAGCUUAUCUCAAGAAAUUCGUAUUAAAAGAAAAGAUGUUCUCCCUGUUGCUGAUCAAAACUUACCUGCAAGCCCACUUCCCUCUUAUGAUGAUGAACGAAGAACCAAACUCUUCCUCAAAGACCAAAUUCCAAUCUGGUUUGCAUUAGGAGGCUAUGUUACUAUUGCUAUUCUAGCCAUUAUUAUAGUUCCACUCUUCUUCCCUCCACUCAAGUGGUACUAUAUCUUGGUCAUCUACAUUGUUGCACCAGUUCUAGCCUUUUGUAAUGCUUAUGGGUGUGGGCUCACAGAUUGGUCCCUAGCCUCCACAUAUGGAACACUUGCUAUCUUUACAAUUGGUGCAUGGGCUGGGGCAUCAAAUGGAGGGGUUCUAGCAGGUCUUGCAGCUUGUGGUGUGAUGAUGAACAUUGUCUCCACAGCAUCUGAUCUCUCACAGGAUUUCAAGACAGGGUACCUGACCUUAGCUUCACCAAGGUCAAUGUUUGUAAGCCAAGUGAUUGGGACUGCAAUGGGUUGUCUUAUCUCCCCUUGUGUCUUCUGGAUCUUCUACAAGGCUUUCCCUGAUCUGGGUCUACCUGGGUCACAAUACCCUGCCCCUUAUGCAACAGUAUUUCGCAGCAUGGCUAUGUUAGGUGUUGAAGGGUUCUCAUCUCUUCCAAGCCAUUGCCUUCAAUUUUGUUAUGGGUUCUUUUUUGCAUCAAUUUUGAUAAAUGCAAUAAGAGAUUCUGUAGGAAAGAAGUGGGCCCAGUAUUUUCCACUCCCAAUGGCUAUGGCAAUACCAUUCUACAUUGGGUCUUACUUUGGAAUUGACAUGUGUGUAGGAAGUUUGAUAUUAUUUGUGUGGCAAAAGCUAAACAGGGCCAAAGCAGAUGCAUUUGGGCCUGCAGUUGCUUCUGGUUUGAUAUGUGGUGAUGGGAUAUGGACUUUGCCUAGUUCAGUACUUGCUUUGGCUAAGGUGAAUCCACCCAUUUGCAUGAAGUUUCUGGAUAGUGCAACAAAUGCUAGAGUUGAUGCUUUCUUAUUGGGGUCUUAAGACUACCCUUUGUUAAACUGUGAGUGUUGUAACACUAUUGGAUAAUAAUGG